CAAUUUCAAGUCGUCAACAACAAACAGUAGUCAGCAAAGCCAAAUCAAGGCUGAGAGUAUAGGUACUAUAAAGGAAUACGACAUAAUAUAACAUUGAUAAGAUUGUUUUCGAGUAGUACCUGGAAAUCAUGCAAAAGGCGAAUUGUUAUUUUUUGAUUUCACGCUAAUCCUUAUCGAAAUCUUGGCAGAUAAGCUUUCGGAUUCUUAGUUGAGCAAAUGUUCGGAGUGUUAACGUGCGUUUUGCAUCGUUCUUGAGUUGUGUACAAGAAAAAUAUGGAAAUAAUUACAGGUUCAGAUAUUCUGUCUUCAGAAAAAAUCAACCUAACCUUAAGAUACAGUGUUCAAAGGCAAACACUAGUAGUAAGCGUACAUCAAAUUGAGGGUUUAUAUUCUGAUGACACAAGGGGAAUAUACGUCAAGCUCUAUCUUUUACCAGAAAGACACAAGAACACUAAAAGGAAAACGCAGGUAAUUAAAUCAUUGAAAAAUCCAACUUUUGAUGAAACUUUCGAAUUCAGUAUACCGCAAGAUGAGCUGUUUGAUCAGCAGCUGGAGGUUUCUGUUUGGGAGGAAGGAAUGAUUAGGAAUGAACCCAUUGAAAAGGUUGUGAUUGACUUAGAUAAAUUGGGAUUAGUACUACCUCACAGAAGACUGUUUAAACUCUCCAAGGUUGCAAAUGGGACAAAUGAAAGUUAAGAAUGUGAAUAAUGUUAACAAUUAAAAACUUAAUUAUUAGUUUUAAGAACAUUUUACAAUUUUGAUAUUUAGAACAAUGGUUUAAAGUAGAACUAAAGAUCAGGGGAAGGUAUAUUACCUUCCUACACAAAGAAAAGAUGAGAGAUGCCUGUAUUAUAAUAUAUUUUAACAUAUAUGAACAAUAAUUAAUCCACACUAAUAGCUUACAUAAUCUACAUCUAUGGGAGUUUUAUUUUAUUGACAAAAUUAUAAUUUAAAAAACCUCAAAACUGAUUCCAAAGAUACUUGCUAAAUAAGUGUACGUAUGUUUUUAGUUAAAUAUAUUUUAUAGACAUCAUC